AUGAAGGCCUGCCAUAGCGUUCCCGCUUGCGACGGUUGUGUUGGAGUGAAUUGGUGCUCAGUGGAUCCAUGUCCAACUACCUGUGAUGAAGAUGAGAUUACCUGCGCUCCAGAGCCGGAGGAUGAUAAGGAUGGUAAGGAGUCAGAGCAUGACAAAAAACAUAGACACUUCCAAUGUCGGCCAAAGAAGGAUGGCUGCCCAGUGGAAUGCAAAGACGAUCAACAUAAGUGUUUCACUCCACCAGCUUGCGAAGGCUGUGUGGGCAUGCAUUGGUGCUCCAAGGAGGCAUGCCCUUUGGUUUGCAAUGCAACCGAGAUGGGCUGUUUAGCUGAGAAUGGAACUCAGUUUUGCGUUGCAACUUCAGAUGGUUGCCCUGUCACAUGCAGAGAUGAGGAGUUUGUAUGCCACCUUGCGCCCCAGUGCGAUGAGUGCAUUGGUACAAAUUGGUGCUCAGCGACUGCCUGCGCUACGUCCUUGCCCUGA